AUGUCCGACAACCAGCCGAACGCCAACAACCACCACCCGGCCAACAACACCGGGGCCGCCGGCGGCAACAACCGGGGCGUCCGCAACCCCAACCUCAACCAGAACCCCCUGAUCAACGUGCGCGACCGCCUCUUCCACGCGCUGUUCUUCAAGAUGGCAGUGACCUACGCGCGCCUCUUCCCGCCCUCCUUCCGCCGCGUCUUCGAGUUCUUCGUCCUCCUCAAGGCUCUCUUUGUGCUCUUCAUCCUGGCCUACAUCCACAUCGCCUUCUCCCGCUCGCCCAUCAACUGCCUGGAGCACGUGCGGGACAAGUGGCCCCGGGACGGGAUCCUGCGGGUGGAGAUCCAGCGCAACUCCAGCCGGGCCCCCAUCUUCCUGCAGUUCUGCGGCGGCGAGAAGUUCCCGGGAGUGGUGGUUGAGUCCACGGCUGAGGAGGAGGAGGAAGAAGAGGAAGAAAUGACUGUGGAUAUGUUUGAAAACAGCUCUAUCAAGUUUGAGCUGGAUAUCGAGCCUAAGGUGUUCCUCAAGCCGUCCCGGGUGAGCAGCACUGAGCUGCCCCACAACGACAGCCAGGAGUUCUCGUUUAGUGACACAGCCACUAAAGGUAUGCAGCCUCUGCGGGAGACUGUGUCCGAGUUUGAGAUGCUAACCCGAGCAGUGUGGCCGCAGGAGGAGUACAUUGUGGAGUACUCGCUGGAAUACGGCUUCCUGCGCCUGUCCCAGAGCACACGGCAGCGCCUCAGCAUCCCAGUCAUGGUGGUGACCCUGGACCCUACGAGGGAUCAGUGCUUUGGGGACAGGUUCAGCCGCCUGCUGCUGGACGAGUUCCUGGGCUAUGAUGACAUCCUGAUGUCAAGUGUCAAAGCUUUAGCUGAAAACGAGGAAAACAAAGGUUUCCUUCGCAAUGUGGUGUCUGGGGAGCACUAUCGCUUCGUCAGCAUGUGGAUGGCCAGGACGUCCUACCUGGCAGCCUUUGUCAUCAUGGUCAUCUUUACUCUGUCUGUCUCGAUGCUGUUGCGCUACUCACACCAUCAGAUCUUUGUCUUCAUUGUUGACCUGUUACAGAUGCUGGAGAUGAACAUGACCAUUGCGUUCCCUGCGGCUCCGCUCCUCACUGUCAUCCUGGCUCUGGUUGGCAUGGAGGCCAUAAUGUCCGAGUUCUUCAAUGACACCACGACCGCGUUCUACAUCAUCCUCAUCGUGUGGCUGGCGGACCAGUACGACGCAAUCUGCUGCCACACCAACACCAGCAAGAGACACUGGCUCAGGUUUUUCUAUCUGUACCACUUUGCCUUCUACGCCUACCACUACCGCUUCAACGGGCAGUACAGCAGCCUGGCACUGGUCACCUCCUGGCUCUUCAUCCAGCACUCAAUGAUUUACUUCUUCCACCACUACGAGCUGCCAGCCAUCCUGCAGCAGAUCCGGAUCCAGGAGAUGCUGCUGCAGAACCAGCAGGUCGGGCAGGGCACCCAGACCACGCUGCAGGACAACCUCAACAACAACACCACGGCCGCCCCCGUCGAGGCGGGGGGUCGCCGAGCCCCCCUGGCCACCGGGCCCCCCGGGGAGGGCAGCGGCCCGGCCGCCCUGACCCCCGGCGAGGCCUCGAGCGUCAUCGCCGCCGCCGCCUCCGUGGGCAGCGACCUGAACUGGGUGGCCGAGACGGCCGCUAUCGUGACAGAGGCCUCGUUCCUGUCCGACCUGAGCACGACCCUCCUGGAGCCCACCGUGGUGCACGAAGCCGUGGCCAACGGGACCCCUCAGGAGGCGGCCACGGCCUCUGGUUUGGUCGCCCGCAUCAGGGUCAGCAGUGACCGCCCGGAGACGGCCGUGGGCUCCAUCACCAUCGAGGUCACCUCGACGUCCGUGGUGGCCGCAGCAGAUGCUCCCCCUGCUGCGGGGGCUGCGCCCCUCGUCCCGCUGCAGGAAGGGGGGGCCCCUCUCCUCAGCCCCUCCCUUCCCAAGCAGACUGAGGCUCUCGAGGGCUCAGACAGCCGAGCAAAACCCGGUGGCAAGAACUGUGUGGGCAGCAGCAGCAGCAGCGUGGCAGAGCCCCCUCCAGCCUCAGGGGGGGACAAUGACCAGGACAGAGGUUUGGAGGACCGGGGGGAGAGCAGCCCCUGCCCAGCACCAGCGGAGAGAAUGCCCAGCUCAGAGCCAGGCUCCAGGAACCUGUCCUGAGCCCCGUUGGGUCGCUCUGGACUGCCGGGAAGGCAUUUGGAUUUCGUUUGUUACUAUUUCUCACUUCACCAUCAUCCUUAACCCAUGGAUCCCUCUGAGCGGAGCCGGAGCAGCAGGAGCAGAGCAGGGCUGUGGUGACCUCCCUUCCCUGGGAGAGGCACAAGGGGCUGUGGGGAGGUUGGGGGGUUUGGUCCCCUGGCCCACACAGCUCCAGGGCUCCUCCGAGGCCACAUGUGAGCCUGCUCCUGCCCCAUGUCAGCUUGUGCCCCAGCUUUUCCUUGCCCCCCAACCUGGGCUUCACCCCCGCAGCCGUGUUUGCAGUCCAGGUGUGGAUCCCAGCUCUCAGGUGGGAGCUGACCUGGGACAGGCCACAGCACGUGGCAGCUCUGUGGUGAGAGUAGGAGCUGACAGAGCAGGCAGAGCGUGUCCAGCCCCCAUGGGAGAGCCACAGAGAGGAGAGUCCUGGUCACCUUUCCUGCUCCUGAGGGGAGGAGCAGCUGAGACCUUCUGUGGGUGUGAGUUCUGCACACGGCUGGGCAACAACCAAAGCAGAAGCUGCAAUUCAGUUCCUUUUUUUCUGCCCUUGAAUUUCCCUCAGUGGGUGGGGUGGGGUGUGGAAGGUGCCGUGUCCAGGGGGGAGCUGCCAUCUCAGGAGCCAUGAGUGAUGCCUGGAGGGAGCUGUGCUGCAGUGUGGGUGUCUGUGGAGAGGUGUGGGGCAAGAGCAGCAGCUCUGUCCUGCACAGCUCUGUCCUGCACAGCUCUGUCCUGCACAGCUCUGCUCUGGGUGAGGCAGCUGCUUUCCAGUGCCUUGUCCCUCCCGUGGACCACAUCUGCAUUUAGGAUCAGCCCCAUCCCAGACGAGAGAGCAGCUUCUCACCCCUGGACUCUUGCAUGAGCUGGUUUAGCAAAGAACCAAAACACUAAAGCCAAGACAUUUCAGCUGAUUUUCCCCUGUUUCCCUGCAGUGGAGGUGAGGCUGGUGGGUCCCAACCCCUGUGCCAUGGAGCUGAGCUGGGGGGCUGCAUCAAGACCUCUGUGGAGGGGUCGGACCCAGCAGGAUGUGCUGGAAGGAGGGUUUGUGCACGGGGUGGAGCAGGGCGAGGCAGGAUGAAGCUCUGGGAGAACCAUGGUGGGACAGGGCAGGGGCAGGUGACACGUGGGCACUUGUCUCUUGGGGACAGCUGGGUCCCUGUACAGGUGUCCCCAAAUUCAGGGCUGUCUCCCUAUGGCAAAGCAGCAUCUUCUGUCUCCCUCGGAGGGCUCGGUGCGUUUCAAUGUUUCCUUGUCAGCGCGGGGGGCUCAGAGCUCCCUGUUCACCCCUCUGCUUUUCCCACCUGGGUGCCCCCACUUUGUUUUUCCCUUUUGCCUGGAGCAGCCCUGGUGCUGCACCGGAGCUGGGGGGACCCUGCUGUGACCAGCAGGUCCAAUCCUGCUGCUGCCAGCACUGCUGGGAAGGGGCCUCGUGGCCAACUGAGCCCAGCCUCUGGAGUGCCAGGAAUGACUGUAGGCUUUUCAGAGGAGUGGGUGGGUGGGAGGGGAAGGGGGGACACCAAACCAAAUGAUUUGAUGAAUGAAAAGUAGAGUUCAUUCUAUUUAAUUAAUGUACAAAAUGUGUUUGUAUAUAAUAAUAAAUAUUAUCUCUAACAGCU